GUUCCUGUUCGCGGUGGGACAGCGGGUUUGGAAACAGUGGAAGCGAAGAUAUUUUGUUCUUGUUCAGGUGAGUCAGUACACCUUCGCCAUGUGCCGCUACAGAGAGAAGAAGGCGGAGCCUCAGGAGCUGAUGCAGCUGGAAGGCUACACAGUGGAUUACUGCGACCCCCAGCCAGGCCUGCAGGGCGGCCGCGUCUUCUUCAACGCGGUGAAGGAGGGCGACCUGGUGGUGUUCGCCUGUGACGACGACCAGGACCGGGUGAUGUGGGUCCAGGCUAUGUACCGAGCCACCGGCCAGUCCUACAAACCUGUGGCUCCGCCUCAGAACAAACCCGCAGACUGCCGAGGAGGAAACCACAAACCCACCUCGCCCAUCAGUCUGGAUCCGUCUCAGCGGCAGGGCGUGGAGGAGCUGAUUUCCACCCCGCCGUGUCGCUUUGACCACGCCUCCCUCUUCACCAUAUUACAGAGACUGACUCUGCAGCACAGAAUGAACGACUCCUUCUCCUGCCUGGGCUGGUUCAGUCCCGGUCAGGUGUUUGUCUUGGAUGAGUACUGUGCUCGUUACGGUGUUCGAGGCUGUCAUCGCCACCUGAGCUACUUGGAGGAACUGAUGGAUUACUCCGAGAACAAUGUGCUGGUGGAUCCCACGCUGCUGCACUACAGCUACGCCUUCUGCGCCUCCCACAUCCAUGGAAACAGACCCGAUGGUGUGGGCACCGUGACGCUAACAGAGAAAAAGAAGUUUGACGCUAACAGAGCACGCCUCCUGACCCUGCUGGAGAGCCAGUUGACACGUUUCAGGUACUGUUUCCCCUUCGGACGACCGGAUGGCGCACUGAAGGCGACGCUCUCCCUGCAGGAGCGGGUCAUGAUGACAGACGUAACCACACCUGUCCCGCCCGAAGGCAUGAAGAAAGUGGUGCAGAAAUGUCUGGAAAAAGCAGCAGAAAUUAACUACAGUCAGCUGAUCCAGUACGCUCAGCUGAAAGCAAGUGAACAGGCGGCUCCGGAGCAGCGGCUGGAGGACAUGAUGCGACUCGGUGAGCUCUGCAUUGAAGUCCUGCAGCAGAAUGACGAGCAUCACGCUGAGGGACGUGAGGCAUUCUCGUGGUGGCCCGACGCCAUGGCCGAACACGCCAAGACCUUCCUGUCUCUGUACCAAGCCGACAUAGACUUGGCACUGCAGGUCCAACCUGUGGACUCCUGGGACAGCUUCCUGCUCUUCCAACUGCUCAACAACUUCCUGCGGAUGGACGCUCACCUGUGCAAUGGUCUGUUCCACAAACACCUUCAGCACCUGUUUGUCCCUCUGGUGGUGCGCUACAUUGACCUGAUGGAGUCAUCCAUUGCUCAGUCCAUCCACCGCGGCUUUGAGCAGGAGACCUGGCAUUCUGUCAAGUUGUUCACUAACAAUCUGGUGAGUGUUCCUCUUCCUAAAGUCCCCAGCCUUCCCCUCACACUGCCGCAGAUGCCCAGAUUCUCCACGCCAGCUUGGAUGGGACCGCCGUCCGAGAACACCUUGCCCGGGAUAAACCUACCCGACAUCUUUAACGGCUCUGCCACCUCGGAGGAUUUGUUCUGGAAGCUGGACGCUCUGCAGACCUUCGUCUUGGACCUGCACUGGCCUGAGGUCGAGUUCGCCAAACAUCUGGAGCAGCGGCUCAAACUGAUGGCGAGCGACAUGAUUGAGGCAUGCGCCAAACGAACCAAAUCAGCGUUUGAUGCCCAAAUGCAGAAGCUGUUGAAGUCAACGGAGCUGCGAGUUCCGCUGUCGGUCUGCACCAUGUUCAACGUGCUGAUGGAUGCCAAGAAGCAGUGCUCCAAACUGUGCGUGCUGGACUUGGGUCCGGAGACGGACAGUCAGUGGCAGCAGUACCACUCAAAAAUCGACGUCCUGAUUGACGAGACGUUCAAAGACAUGAUUUCAUCUCUUCUCCUCAAGUUUGCAGCGGUUUUAGACGGUGUCCUGUCCAAACUGUCCAGAUAUGACAAGGGUUCCCUCUACUCCUCCAUCCUGUCCUUCACGAAACCAGGAAUGGACCUGGCUGACAAAUACAUCGCCUUUGUGCGGCAGAACCAGGAGAUCCUACGGGACCGGGUCAACGAGGAGCUCUACGUUGAGAAGGUCUUUGAUCAAUGGUACAUGGGUAUGAUGAAGGCGGUCUGUGUUUGGCUGACGGACCGACUGGACCUGCAGCUCCACGUGUUCCAGCUAAAAACACUCAUCAAGAUUGUCAAGAAAACCUACCGUGACUUCCGGCUGCAGGGCGUCCUGGACGGGACCCUGAACAACAAGAGCUACGAGACCGUCUUCAACCACCUGAUGAUGGAAGAGGCCACGGUGGCUGUGAAGGCCGGCGGCGGCGGCCUGCAGGGCAUCAGCAUGAGGGACAGCGAUGAGGAUGACGCCUGAGUGCCAGCACGCGCUGGACGCGGCCCGUCCAC